CGAAGGCGCUGCCUGGACUGUAGUUUCCCGGGAGAGACGAGAGCGGAGCGAGUGCAGUCCUGCGAGCAGCUGCUCCAGCAUCCCGCCAGGGGUUGCAGGUGUGUGGGAGGCUUGAAACUAUUCCAACAUGACUUUCCUUGGGCUCUUCUCUUUGGUUGUUCUACAAAGUUUGGCUUUAGGGGCCACGUUCCCUGAUGCAACCAUUGCUGAGUUGUCAGUGAAUAUGUACAACCAUCUUCGAGCCACUGGGGAAGAUGAAAAUAUUCUUUUCUCUCCAUUGAGUGUUACCCUUGCAAUGGGAAUGAUGGAACUUGGGGCCCAAGGGUCUACACUGAAAGAAAUCCGUCAUGCAAUGGGAUAUGACAGCCUGAAAAAUGGUGAAGAAUUUUCUUUCUUGAAGGAUUUUUCUAACAUGGCAACUGCUGAAGAGAGCCAGUAUGUGAUGAAAAUUGCCAAUUCCCUCUUUGUGCAAAAUGAACUUCAUAUCAAUGAUGAGUUUCUGAAAAUGAUGAAAAAAUACUUUAAUGCAGAAGCAAAUCGUGUGGACUUCAGUCAAAAUGUAGCUGUGGCCAACUAUAUCAAUAAGUGGGUGGAGAAUAACACAAAUAGUCUGUUGAAAGAUUUGGUAUCCCCAAGGGAUUUUGAUGCUCUCACUCAUCUGGCCCUCAUCAAUGCUGUCUAUUUCAAAGGGAACUGGAAGUCACAGUUUAGACCCGAAAAUACUAGAACCUUUUCCUUCACUAAAGAUGAUGAAAGUGAAGUCCAGAUUCCAAUGAUGUAUCAACAAGGAGAAUUUUAUUAUGGAGAAUUUAGUGAUGGCUCCAAUGAAGCUGGUGGUAUCUACCAAGUCCUAGAAAUACCAUAUGAGGGAGAUGAGAUAAGUAUGAUGCUGGUAUUGUCCAGACAGGAAGUUCCACUGGCCACUCUGGAGCCAUUGGUCAAAGCACAGCUGAUUGAAGAAUGGGCAAACUCCGUGAAAAAGCAAAAAGUGGAAGUGUACCUGCCCAGGUUCACAGUGGAACAGGAAAUUGAUUUAAAAGAUGUUUUGAAGGCUCUUGGAAUAACUGAAGUUUUCGUCAAAAAUGCAAAUUUGACAGCCUUGUCUGAUAACAAAGAGAUUUUCCUUUCCAAAGCAAUUCACAAGUCCUUCAUAGAGGUUAAUGAAGAAGGCUCAGAAGCUGCUGCCACCUCAGGAAUGAUUGCAAUUAGUAGGAUGGCUGUGCUGUAUCCUCAAGUUAUUGUGGACCAUCCAUUUUUCUUUCUUAUCAGGAACAGGAGAAUAGGUACAAUCCUGUUCAUGGGACGAGUCAUGCAUCCUGAAACAAUGAACACAAGUGGACAUGAUUUUGAGGAACUUUAAGUCAUUUCAUUUGAACAACAAGGAAAAUAGUAACUAAGCACAUUAUGUUUGAAACUGGUAUAUAUUUAAGAUUUGUGUUUUACAGUAUAUCUUAAGAUAGUAUUUAAAAUAGCUCCAGAUAAAAACAAUGUACGUUAAUUAUAAGCCAACUUGUCAAGGAAUGUUAUCAGUAUUUAUUGAGGUAAUAGUCUUGUCACGUCGUUGUGUUUGUUGUGCUGGUAUUUAAAAUAAAAAUACAUAUGGAACAUGUAAACACCUCUGUUUUUCAUUUUAGAAGUUGUAGUAUAAGAUAUCUCCAGGUAAAAUUUGGAAACAGUGAUGUUUCUAAGCAUCUCAAAUCUUUCAUAAUCAUGCAGAAUCAAAACACCAAAGUGAAUUAGCAUUAUACACAUAUAUAACAAGCAACAGCAAGCGAGAAGAAGACAAAUCUCAAGUGAGGUGAAGAAUUUUGUGUAUUCCGCAAAAAUUAUAAUUGUUAUUUCUCUAAAAAUGACGAACAGUGUAGAAAAAAGAAUACAGACUGAACAUCUUAUGUAUGGCUCCAUGACAAAACUUGUUAGAAAGAAGAUAGGGCUAUGCAAACCCAUAGAUUAUAGCUAUAAUAAAUUGUUUACUGUGUCUUUAAAAAUCCACUUGUCUUCAUAAACUUGAUGUAGAUUGCAAGCCUGGAAUAUCACCAUGUUUUGCUGCUGCAAGUAAAAUCCAGACUACAGCAAAGUUCCCAAAAGUCCCAAAAUAAGCCAUAUGAGCAAAUUAAUAAUGAAAAUAUACCCUUUGGUAUGUCACCAGAGAAUUAACUAGAAAAACCACACUAAUACAGAUAUUGGAAACUGGCAGAUCACGGACUGAAUGCUGCCCACAGAGGUGUUCUUGUUUGUUCUGUGUGGGGGGUUUUACAUUUUGAACUCGAAUGUGUGUAAUUGGGGUAUCACCUUCCUUGUUUCUCCCGUUGGAUGCCCGAUGACUUCUGGAUGCAUUUGCAUUUGAAACCUCUGGAGAAUACUUUGCAGAAUAAGUACUUUGCAGAAUACAUUAUUCUUAUUUUCUAGCACAAGAAGUAGUCAAUUCCAAUGGGGGCAGGGUCAACUUUUUAAGGUCUCCAGUAAAUUACCUUGCUAUCCUUUGGCUGAAAUAAUGGUAUUCCUUUUGGAGGGGGGAGGAAAAAAGGAAGAAUGAUUUCAUUAUGUUUCAUGGAUGUAAUCAGGCCCAUUUAAGGCCAAACUUUUGAUUCUACAUUUAACAGUUUCAGAAAAAGUUUGAAAUGUUUCAAAAUUUAACGAAAACAGUUUGCAUGACUGUGACUUCUGACUGUCUUAUUUAUGUGUUAGGUAUUUUGCUAUGGUUUGGAACUGUUAACAAGAAUUGAUAUUAUCAUUAACUUUAGUUCUGUUCAAAGGAGUAGUGGUUUGGGGAAACCAGGCCAGAUCCUAGACCUACUGCAUUCUAAACUUUGAGGAAAAACUUGAAAAUCUGCACUUUUUAAUAAGUUCCCUUGGUGAUUUUGUUACACACUAAUCUUGAUUAUUGCUGAAAUAAAGAAUACAUGUGGAAUACUUGUAUACUCCUUGUUUAGAUAUGGUUAAUUUAUAGAAAAUUAGAUCAAUCAACAAAGUAUCCUAAAUCAGUGCUUCUCAAACUUUCUGUGUAAUGUAAUCACCUGGGGAUCUUAUUGAAACUGCAGAUUCCCAUUUAGUAGGUCUGGGUGGGACCUGAGAUUCUGCAUCUCUACCAGUCUCCAAGGUGAUGCCAUUGCUGUUGGUCCAUGGACUCAGGUUGAUAGCAAAACUCUACUUAACAUAAGGUUUGCAUGUUUGAUAUUUUUAUGCAUGGAAACAGAAAAACUGUAUAAUUCAUACAACUUGGAGAGACUUGGGAGAUGGAGUGGUAGUCUACAUUAAAAAUGCAAUGCACUGGGCCAGCCCCGUAUCCUAGUGGAUUAAGUUCAGCACACUCCACUUCGGUGGCCCAGGUUUGGUUCUUCAUCAUGG